AUGCGGUGGUCGAGGAAACCGAGCCCGUUCCGGGCCCCGCCUAUACAGGUAGGCGACCAGGUCUUCGAGACCCAGACGGAAAAGGCAAACGCGCUCCGAGUCGAGAUCCUAGAAAGGCGCGGGGCCGCGGACGACAUCCCGGACCCCUGGGCCCCAGAGGUGCUGGCCCCAGGGAGGACUCUCGACUGCAGCGUCACGCUCGCGGAUGCGGCAUGCGCCUGCACCUCUACGGGCAACACCUCCCCGGGGAUCGACGGCAUCACGGUCCGAAUGCUGCGUCGCGUCUGGAACCACAUCGGCGAGGCGGUGAGGGAACUAUAUGAAGGCUGCCUACACGUGGGCUACCACCCCGCCUGUUUCCGCGCAGCAGAGGUCGUAAUGAUCCCUAAGCCUGGCAAGAGGGACCUGUCUAUUCCGAGAGGCUGGAGGCCGAUUUCUCUCACCUGGGCUGCGAUCACACAACGAGUCAUCCACAGCCAGCAUGCGGGCUGCUUUAUGGAGCAGAGAUCGGCCAGAAUACGGCUCGAGGAUAUAACGACGCCGACAACCCCCCUGACGUGCGGGCUGCCACAGGGCUCCCCGGCCUCCCCGAUUCUCUUCCUCCUCUAUACAGUGCCCAUCUACUCGACAGGGGAACCGAACUCGCGCUUCGGCUACGCAGAUGACGUGGCCACCCUGAUCCGGGGCCGGUCCCUACAGGAGACGGCCGCCCGGGCCACGCGCGCCGCGGGUGAGCUCAUCCAGUGGGGAGCCGAUAAUGGCGUAGUAAAGGAGCCACAGCAGGACCUGCGCUGGCUCGGCGUCUGGUACGACAGAAAGCUCUCAUUCCGCACGCAUGUGGAGAAGUGGGCCGCGAAGGCGAUGACGGCCGCAGGGUUCCUCCAGAACCUCUCAAACACCCGGCGCGGAAUCCUCCCGGUCGACACGGCAUGCGGUCACGGCCUGCGUCCUCCCGAUCCUUUUAUACGGCGCCCAUUUCCGUCGCGGAUCACCUACCUGAAGAAUAGGAUCCAGCUGACCUUAAACGUCGCAAUGCGCGCUAUCGCGCCCGUCUGGUGUACCAUGCCGAUUGUGGCCCUCCACCGAGAGACCGGCAUCCCCCCUGCCACGCUGCUCCUCGCAGACGCCCAGAGACGCGCCGCGGCACGGUAUGCGGGCCCCUCGCGCGGCCCAGAAGCAGCACGCCUCGAGACUCCUGCGUCUUCACCAAAUGACGGCCCAUGCUCCGAGGCCCCGACUUCUCCCAGCACCCCUCAGCCCGACCCGACAGGGGGCGUAGACAAAACGCAGGCGGCUCGAGACUUCCACUCGUGGCUCCGGGUAUGCCCUGAAGAUACCCUCAUCGUCUACACUGACGGCUCGCAGAGCGAAGACGGCGCCUGCGGGUAUGGGUACUCAGUGUGGCUAGGCCCUAGCGAAGUGACCUACGGCAGCGGUCGGGUCCUACUCGCUGAGGUCUACGACGCAGAGGUGGAAGGCGCCCUCGAGGGGCUUCGAGCGGCACUCACGUGGUCCCCCAGAACCCCGGACCAGCAGUGGCCGAUAGUCGUCUGCCUUGAUAACACUGCGGCUAUAAGAGCCAUACGAGGCAGCCCAUCGAUCUCGUCGCAAGCGGCUGCGGAGAAGUUCGCUGAGGCCGCGGCUCGACACGGAGAUGUCAGCACGCGUUGGUGCCCCGGCCAUACGGGGAUCGCCGGCAACGAGCGGGCCGACCAGCUAGCAAAGGAGGGCUGCCGGGCCGAGGGUCCGGACAGAUCGCCGACCUACGCGAACAUCAAGAGACAGGCCAAGGCUGCGGCCAGGCGCGACUUCCAGGACUGUCACCCGGCUCUGACCGAAGACUGA